UAUAAAUUGGACCGUGUGAGUUGAUCUUCACAUUGUUUUGUUUCCGGCAGUCAGAGCCCAUCUACAUGCUAGUUCCACUGGAUUUGCCCAGCGCUAACGAGAAGAUAUCCAACAUGAAGCGAGCCAUAAAUGAAUACAUAGCUGAGUACAGUGUGUGCAAGUGCAAGCCCUGUCACAAUGGUGGUACUCUGACGCUGCUGGAUGGAAAGUGCAUCUGUCUAUGCUCCAACCUGUUUGAAGGCGAGGCCUGUCAGAAUUUUAAGGGCGAUAAUGCCAAAAAUUCCGGCACAAGACCAAAUGUUUCUCAGGAAGGAAACUGGAUGUGCUGGUCUUCCUGGUCAACCUGUAGUGGACUCAAACGCACCAGGUCCCGUGGUUGCAACAAAGACGGGCUGAAUGGAGCAGCACGUUGCAGAGGUGACGGGACCAGCGAGGAGUUCUGCUAAAUUGUUACAGGAUGAUGCUAAUACACAGCGAUACGUCAGAAGAUUACAGUCGUUUUGUCUUCAAGGGCAUUUUUGUCAUUGUGAAAUCAGGAGAACAGUGCCACCCAGAGGUCUAUACCAGGCAACGCGUUCAUAUAAUUGUAAUUUUUUUUUUUAAUUUUCUGAGUCUUUAAUGUAAUAGUGACCUGUGCAUUCAUGAUAUCAGUUGAGAACUGACAAGUAUUUGGUCGACUGUAUAUGAGUUCACCUGGUUUACCUCAGUAUUGCAGCAGAAAUGAAUCUAAUAAAUCCACUUCUUGUGACUGUG